CAUCACCACCAGAGACGAGAGAAGGGGAGACGGAGGAUGUCGUCGCGCAUCGACAAGCCUGGCGCGGUCAAGUUCCGACCGGGACCUCCGGGAAAGGGGCGCCCCUCGGGUGGCGUGCCCAUCUCGCAACCCACACGGCCGCAACAGUCACGGCAAGCACCUCCUUCGUCGCCAUCCUUACCUCCACAGCAUCAAGAUCAGCAGCAGCAACGACGACCCUCAUUGCCCCCUUCGCCCAGCCUUGCACCCACCUCGCCGUCUGUGCGAGCGCAAGGCCACCCAUCUGUUCCUAUCGUUUCCCCCUCGAGGAGGCCUCCGGCCCUUGGCGCCCCCAUUGCCACGCCCUCGAAUCGCCGGGAAGACGCGCCUUCGCGCUCCUCUGGCGGCGUGCCAAUCCGGCUACCUUCGACCAUACCCGGCGCCCCCGGCGCAUCGCCGCGCAUGAGGACCGCACCUUCCCCGAGCCCCGUGCCUUCUCUUCCCGGCUCGUCGAUGGGCGGCAGCGGAAGCGCGACCAAGACAAAGAGCUACGCAUUCGUGUCGCCCGCUUCCAAGAAAGUAGGAGGAGGCAGUGGUGGUGGCGUUCCAAUCACGAUCGGGAUAUCGGGGCCAGGGCCGGGGAGGGACGCUUCCAUGGGCCCUCCGCUCAGAGCGCCGACGCCUAGGGCGCCUUCAGUAGGACCUUCUAUCGGUAGGAGGUCGGUGACGCCCUCGCCUCGUCAGCCGUCGGACACGCCUGUCCCUGCUGUCUCGUCCGCGCCCGUGCAACGUAGAGAAGAAGGUAGCACUUCCAAGGCCAAUGGAAGGGGAAGACCACAGCCAGAAGCCUCGGCGGAGGAUGGUAGCCUAGCAGCGCCAUCCCAACAGGAAUCCUCAAAAGAGGCCUCCAAAGACUUGGAAACACCUGGAGAGACUUCAUCCAAACCUGCCUUGACGAGACGGUCAAAGCGUACUAGCGGCAAGGAGAAAGAGCUACCGACGAGACAGUCCAACGGCGAUGGCCAUGAGGAGCAGGCCCUCCCAGAGCCGGAAGCAGAGUCAGAUCUGGAAGACUCAAACGCAGAAGACGAGUACAGGCCGCCGGUGAAGGCCAAGAGGAGCCGACGCGGCAAGAACAAGGAGAUUGAAGACGUCGAGGGCGCCACAUCAGAGCCCGACGUAGCGUCAUCUGCAACUCAGGCAAAGGUCGCAAAGAGGUCACACAACCCGAGAAAGGCUUCGACCCCUGGUCUGGCACAGGAGCCAACGUCGACAAAGACGGGGAAGCGCAAGAAGACUAGUGAAAGAAAGACGGGAGAACCAAAGAGGCCCAUGAAUGCGUUCUUGCUCUUCAAGAGAGACUUUUCUGCCAACGAUCGCGAGAAGGCACAUGGCUUGACGGGCCUGACGGCCCAUCAGGACCAGAUGAAGCGGGCUAGCCAUGCCUGGAACGCCAUGGAGGCCGCCGACAAGGCAAAGUACAAAGUCAUUGCCGAGGAGCUAAAGCGCAAGUACGAUGAAGAGGUCCAAGCCUUUCGCGCGAGCCAAGCGCCCGACGAAUCGUCCGCGAGUGAAACGGAAGGAGGAGAGACGUCCGAGGGAGGCAGCAAGAGUGGCAGGAAGAGGCGGUCGGCGAAGCGCAGAAGCAAAACGACGACGAUUUCCGAAGACGAGGCAGAGUAUUUGGCCGAUUUGCAGAAGUUUGGGCCAGAACUGCGUGGGAAUCGCAUUGAUAUCAACUCAACGACGAUGGAGGACAUCAGCUCAGCGAGCUUCAAGAGGGGUCGCAUUGGCACGAGGACAUUCCACAUGGAGAAAAUUCUCAAACAGAAGCGGGAAGAGAGGAGGAGAGAGCUGAGGAAUGAAAAGGAUCGGGCGAAGGCGGGGGGAAACAAUGUCAAGGGAGAAGAGGUGGGCCACAAAGAAGAGCAGCAGGCUGGAGGCAGCUCAAGCAAAGGCAUGGCAGCGCUCACCUCACGCGGGUACAUUGAGGGCGAGGAGGAAGAAGUCAUUGAGCCGAGCGAUACCGAAGCCGCACGUCCCAAUACAGGAUCCGAUCGAGGCCAAGACGAUGAUGAUGACUUUGACGAAGAAGAAGUCGACGACGAGGAGGGAGAAGGAGGAGCCUCUGAUGCAGAGUCCGUCGGAGCCAUGUCCAACGCGACUGCCUCGACGCACCACACCCUGCGCGAGAAUAGAUUUGCGGUGCAGACGCGCAUCGUCGACGGCAAAAUCGUAAUCGACGACGCCUCAUUGCAGGUCAGCCUUGGCCAAGACCCGAGCAUGGACGGCGUAGGAGCUGAAUACAUCGACGAGAACGAGCGCGAAAAGUUUGUCAAUUCCGCCAGCUGGAGCAAGCGGCGAGGCCGAGAAAAGUGGACGGUUGAGGAGACGUCGCAAUUCUUCAAGGCUGUCUCAAUGUGGGGCACAGAUUUUGAAAUGAUUUCGAGGAUGUUCAAAUCGCGCGACAGGGCGUCGAUCAAGAAGAAGUGGCGCUUCGAGGAGGGAAAGAAUCCGAGGAUGCUGGACGCCGCAUUUGCGAGGCGGUUGCCCGUUGACUUGACCGAAUACGGCGUGCUGACGGGUGUCGAUCUGUCGGGUGAAGCUCCCCGAAUCGAGGCGAGAAGCUUUGAUCCUGACGCAAGCAUGACUGAGGAUCAGAAGAGAAACAGGAGCAAGAAAGAGGAAGGCGACCAUGCAGAAGACGAGGAAGCGGCAGAUGAAGAGGAAAUUGUAGAAGAGGAAGGCGGGGCCUCACCGACGAGAGUCAUCCGCAAGAAGAGCACGACACCGACCCGGAGCCCAGGACUUUUGCGAGGCGAAAGCCAAGAAGCUUCGCUGGCCAUCGAAGAGGGCGAUCAAGAAGACCUUCCUGCCCUCGAUGCGAGCGCGUCGAAACAGAAAAGGCGAUCGAGCAACGCAAACGCAAUCAGUGUCCCUACCCGACAACGCAGCCAGUCUAUCUCGAUGUCUACGUCUACGACAGCUGUAUCGGGUGGUGCUGGUGGAAGGGACAAGGAGAGGCAGGAGAAGCAACAGAGAGAAAAGCUCCGGAGAGAAAAGGAAAUGGCGAGGAGAAGGCCUGUGGCGGCCGACGACGAAGAUGUGGAAAUUGUAGAGGAGUGAGAUCACCGCUGUAUGAUAUAAUGGAACCUUGUGCU